AAUGAGAAGGGUCAAAAACCUCUUUUUGGUCAAUCUUGCUGUGGCUGACUUAUGUAUGACACUGUUAUGUAUGCCUCUCUCAGUUGCAAACGCUGUUGACAAUAGAUGGUAUUACGGAGAAUUUCUGUGCAAGUCUUCCAACCUUUUACAAGGUACAACAGUCUUCGCUAGUAUUUUCACCUUAACUGCCUUAAGUGUGGACAGGUACUUUGCUUUCAAGUCGUUUAUGAGACAUAGAAUUGCAACAAAGGCGAAAGCAAUGCUCACCUUGUCUUUAAUUUGGAUUUUAUCUGCCCUCUGCGCAUUUCCACAAUUUCUGGCUAUGAGAACGACAAAGCCAGUCACAAACUGGCCAGAAUCAAUAUACUUUUGUACGAGCAGCAGUAUGAACGGAACAACGGGAAUCUUAUUUAGAAGAUCUUAUGGUACAUGUGUAUUAAUAGUUUUGUAUAUAGUGCCUAUGCUUGUCAUGCUAUCUAGUUAUUUGUCAAUUGCAAGAAGAAUAUGGAGUGGUCCAUUGCAAUCGAAUUCGGUAAACCUCAACGGAACUUCAAUCGAUGUUGGUAAAAGAAAAAUAACGAAAAUGCUUUUCAUUGUUGUUCUCAUGUUCAUUAUAUGCUGGAUGCCUUACAGCAUUAUGUCAUUUGUUAUGGAUUUAACUACUGGUGAAGAGACGGCAACAACUAUUCGAAUGAUUUUUAAUUAUGUUCUACUAUUAGCUCACGCUAAUUGUGCUGUUAAUCCUAUUCUCUAUUGGGUUUUGAACAAAUCGUUUAGGCAUUGCAUGCAAAAUUUAAUGGGUUGCAAAGCCGGAAUAACAGAUUCACCCUCGAUUCGCAGAAAAGAUAGGCGUGCUGCUAGCCAAAAGUUUAGAAUUGUGAAAAGAAGAGGAAGGGUUCACAGACCUGAGUUGAUCCCUGGUGGAAAGCAAUCCGCUAUCAAAAGACCAAAUCCCAUGAAAUUUCGUUAUGACUUUGCAGACCAUAGACUUUAUAGAGAUUCCACUUCCUCUAAUGAAGAUUUGAGAAGUAGUUCUACAAGGUUAACAAAACUAGAAUCUUACCGCUCACCUUCAACAUACAUUGAAAUCAAUGAAGAGUAUAAAGAGGGUUAUGUUUGA